CAGAGAGCCAGCGGCUGUCCUCCUCCUCCUCCUCCUCCUCCUCCUCCUCCGCCUCCUCCUCCUCCCGCUGUCUCCCUGCGGCCACGGGACGGCCAGGCUCCCCUCAGCGGAUCAGGGCGGCUCGUCGGACCGCGGCCCCGGGGCCCCUCGGACACUCGGAGAUGCCCAGCGCGUCGCGCCUCGCCGCCGCAGCUCGUCGUGGCUCCCGCUCGGACCUGUAGAGGAGACGUCUCCGCUGCUCCCGCUCUUCAUCUGCGCUAGCCGGCCGGGUGUGACAGGUCGGUGUCAUGACUGGAGCCGAGACCGAGGACGACAUCCCGCUGGGCGAGAGGAAGACGGUCACGGACUUCUGUUACCUCCUGGACAAGUCCAAGCAACUCUUCAAUGGGCUGAGAGAUCUGCCUCAGUAUGGACACAAGCAGUGGCAGUCCUACUUCGGACGCACGUUUGACGUCUACACCAAGCUGUGGAAGUUCCAGCAGCAGCACAGGCAGGUCUUGGACAGCCGCUACGGCCUGAAGAGAUGGCAGAUCGGGGAAGUCGCCUCCAAGAUCGGACAGCUGUACUACCACUACUACCUUCGUACCUCAGAGACCAGUUACCUGAACGAGGCCUUCUCCUUCUACUCCGCCAUCCGCCAGCGCUCCUACUACUUCCAGGUGAACAAGGAGGACAGGCCGGAGCUGGUGGUGAAGAAGCUGCGGUACUACGCUCGCUACAUCGUGGUCUGCCUGCUGCUGAACAAGAUGGACCUGGUCAAGGUCCUGGUGAAGGAGCUGUCUGAGGAGAUCGAGGACUACACCCAGAGGUUCAACACGGAGGACCAGCUGGAGUGGAACCUGGUUCUGCAGGAAGUGGCGGCGUUUGUGGAGGCGGAUCCGGUGGUCGUUCUGAACGACAACAACUCGGUGGUGGUCACCAGUAACCGUCUGCAGGAGGGCGGCGUUCCCCCGCUGGAGCAAGGCAUGGUGGUCGGACAGCUCGUCCUCGCCGACGCACUAAUCAUCGGAAACUGUAACAACCAGGUGAAGUUCAGCGAGUUAACCAUCGACAUGUUCCGGAUGCUCCAGGCUCUGGAGAGGGAGCCGGUGAACCUGGCGACGCAGACGUCCAAACAGGGGACUCUGGAGCCCAACGAGAAGCCGGCCAAGAGAGAAAACCCUCACAAGUAUCUGCUGUACAAGCCCACCUUCAGCCAGCUCUUCACCUUCCUGUCUGCCUCCUUUAAGGAAUUACCUGCCAACAGCGUCCUGCUGGUGUACCUGUCCGCCACCGGCGUCUUCCCCACCGGACACACCGACUAUGAGGCAGGACCCUACGACUUCGGAGGAGUCCUCACCAACACCAACCGAGACGUGGUGAACGGCGAGACGGUGCAGAAGAGGAACCAGGCCCAGAAAGAAAUGCACUGCCUUCAUCCCGGGGACUUGUUCCCUUUCACCCGGAAGCCUCUUUUUGUCAUCGUGGAUUCUUCAAACAGCUCAGCCUACAAGAACUUCACGAACCUGUUCGGCCAGCCCCUGGUGUGCCUGCUGUCGCCCACUGUGUAUCCCAAGAGCGUACAAGACCAGUCCCAGCGCGGGAGCCUCUUCACGCUGUUCCUCUACAGCCCCCUGCUGGCCUUCUCCUCGGUCUGCGGCCUGAGCAGCCUGCGCCGGGGCAUGUGGGAGCGAGCGCAGGAGUUCCUCCGGAAGGUGUACAGAGACAUCGGCCAGAUGAUCACCCGCUCUCGGACCAUCGAUCAGGCCUUCCUGCAGUUCUUCGGCGACGAGUUCCUGCGGCUGCUGCUGAUCCGCUUCGUCUUCUGCUCGGCCGCUCUGCGGCUGCACAAGCUGUUCCGGGAGUGUCGGAGCUUCCCGGAGUCGUACCCGGAGCUCCCCAAGCAGGACACGGUGGAGAGCAGCGUCCUCCAGAAGCACGUCCUGGAGCUGGCGGCCAUGUUGGACGUGCAGAGUUUAUUCUGGGACGACUCGCUGGAGGCGUACUAGCGCCCCCCCGCAGGGCGCCGUGGCAGGCGUGUAAAUACAGACUCCACUGCCAGAGCCCUCGCUGUUCGUUCUUUUAGUUGAACAGGUAAUCCAGUACCAAGCUCCACACACACUCGCUCGCUCGCGCCCCGCGUCCUCACCGCAAGCGUAGUGCAGCAUCCAGACGAGGCCGCCGGCGUGACGCAGUGUAAGCUGAAUAUAUGCAUCGUGUAGAACACACACACACACACACACACACCGCUCAGCGCUCCUCGGCUCACCUGUCAGGCUGCCGGAGGCUCCAUGCUGUGCUCGCUUGAUUCUUUACUUUAAAUCAUUGAUCUUGUUAACGGAGUGAAGGAUGCUGGUUGGAGGAAUAAAAAAAAAAAAAAAAAACAAUCCUCGGCUUCCUCCAGGUAGGAUUGUGUUUGUCCUCGAUGCGUUGGUUUGGAGGGGAUUCAGUGGAGGCUGCAGGACUCCCUCCCUGCCUCCAGCCAGGAGUCAGCAGGUUCCACCGGCUGGUCGUUCUGUUUUUGCCAAACUGUUGUGUCUGCCUUUAACCUGGAGCAGGCUGAGCUGCACGCCGUUCUGCUGGUUCUGCUGGUUCUGCUGGGUUCUGCUGGUUCUGCUGGUUCUGCUAGGUUCUGCUGGUUCUGCUGGUUCUGCUGGGUUCUGCUGGUUCUGCUGGUUCUGCUGGUUCUGCUGGUUCUGCUCCGUGUCCUCCUGACUUCAGUCCACAGCCUUUCAGCACUCGGCCGUUUCGAGCCUGGUCUGCUUCUCGCUGGUCCUCCUCUCCUCCUCUCUGGGCCGGGUUUGCAUGUUCUCACCCUGCUCUGCUGCUGACCAGGCUCCAUGAACACUGAGAACCGGCGUGGCGCUGUGAGCGCUCCUCCUCCUCCUCCUCCUCCUCCUCCUCCUCCUCCUCAUGGGAGGAAGAACUGAGCUGUCACACCUUAGCCCCGCCCACUCCAGCUUCUGACCAAUAGCGACCAUCACAUCGCGUUUCUUCGCAUUUUUCUCUUGUUUGUUGUAUCUAAAGACCAGGCGGGAGGGUCUGGUCUAUUCUGGUCUGGUCCGGUGUGGUUCAGUCUGGUCCAGUCUAGUCCUGUUCGGUUUGGUCUAGUCCAGUCUUUUCCGGUUUUGUUAGGUCUGGCCCAGUCUGUUCGGAUCCAGUCCUGUCCAGUCUGGUCCGGUCUGGUCAGAUCCAGUCUGGUCCAUUCUGGUCUGAUCUGAUCAGAUCCAGUCCAUUCUGGUCAGAUCUAGUCCAGUUCAGUCUAUUCUGGUCUGGUCAGAUCCGGUCCGGUCCGGACCGCGGUGUGGUGAAACCGUCCACAGGGUGAAAUGAACAGACUUGAGCUUCUGUCUUCUUAUCUUUGGUGUUUUAAACCGGUGAUCACUGUUUGAUGGAGAGAGACGCUGAACUCUGACCUCAGUGACCUCGCUGCCAGUAACGUAGCAUUAGCAUCGAUGCUAAGCUGUUUGUGGAGAAACCAUCGGCCAGAAGAGAAGCUCUGCACCGCACAGGACCUUUUCUUCACUUCUGCUGAUCUGCACCAAAAACAGCAGGAACCGAAACGAGUCAGACGAAGAACAGAGACGUUCUGCUGUGGUGACACCCCGAGGCUGCACCGGAAACCACCCUGGAGGAUCAGUGGUACAUUUUCACUCAAGCUUCUAACUUCCUAGUUUCAGUCUAUUUUUUAAAUUUAUUUAAGUGUAUAUAUUAUUUGACAAUGUAGGCUGAUGCUCCCUGUAAAAAUGCCGUUAUUUAUUAUUUAUUCUGCUUUUUUUGGUGAUUAUUUUUGGCCCCUGAAAUGAGGAGUUUGGUGUUCCAGUUUAGACCUUCAGCAUCGGCGACUCGGCCUCGGAGGUCCGGGAGUUUGGACUCCAGAAGGAGCUCAGAUGAAGGAGCAGGAGAAAAGCUCUCAACGUGAGCCGCCAGACUUUCCAGACCUUAAGUCGCACUUUUUAAAAGAAAAAUUGUCCAGUUUAAGAUAAGUUAUUUUAUAAAUUCAUGUUUAGUAAAUUUCUCUGGAUAUGUACGCAUUCUGUCGGUUAGCGUUUGCAGUUGAAGCGCUCCGUGUUCUCGUCCUCAUGUCCGAUGUGUGAAGUGAAGCUGCUCUGAGGUUUUUAUUAAUCCUGCAUGUUUGAUGGUGACGUUCACGUCACUGAUCUCCUGACACCAACACCGACAGUUCUGAUCCACGCGUCUUCACUUCCUGUCAUCUGCUGGAGUCCGGGAUGACCGACUCGUGGCUAAAACCAGCUUUAAAAGGUUACGUAAAUGAGCAAAGGAACAAAAACCACCAGAAAUGAGAGAAAGAAGUGAAAAUAGCUUAAAAAAAUACUCUAAUUACUAAAAGAAAAAAGCUUGAAAUGAGGAAAAAAAGCAUGCCACACUGCUUGAAGAAGAACUACAAUGUUCAAAAGCUAAAAUGAAAAAUGAAAGUUGACGCUGAAAUUCACCGCCUGAUGUGGCCUCAGAGGAGAGGGGUGAGUUCCGGGCCGAUGGGCCGAUGUUUGGAGCAUCGCAGACACUCGGAAGAGGCCACUUUGUAGUUUUUCUAACGUCACAUUCCAACAUUCCGAGGACUGGAAGAGAAGCAGAGGACGACGAGCACCUUUUAUUUUUUUUCGUUCAACCUGCUCUGCAUCUGUUUCCACGUGUUCUUCUGUUUUAUAGGCUUGCACUUUAUCAAGUUUUUGAUUCUUCUGAUCUUGUUUGUUGUGCUUUUGGGGGAAAAGGAGACGGCGUUGGUCCAGAGGCAGAGGUCCUCGUGUUUUACAGCCGAUGGUGCUCUAAAGAAAUGAGGCUGUCCCCGAGGAUCGCCGCUUCUCUCAGCGCCCUCCUUCCUUUUAUACAGUCUGCUUAAAAAAAGAAAAGCAUGUAGAGAGGCGUGGCGACUCCUCAGACCGUAUAUUUCUGUGUUUUUGACAUGUUAUCCUUUAGUGUGUUCCCAGAACUCAACAUGAAAAGAU